AUGUUGCUGAGGAAGCUGUUGGAGGUAUGGAAGGGAGGGUACAGAAGACACACACUAACUUGCAGGAAGGGGUAUCCGAAAGGGGGGAGGGAAUUGACUCAUGUUCUGCAUGAGGUUGAGACCUAUGACCAUAGGACUGACUCUACAGCACCUACUACCCCUAUCUCAAAUCAAAAAGAAGUUGCGCAACAUGCAAUUCAGGAAAGGAAAGAGAUGAAUACUGAAACAGAACAACAGAAAGACAGACCCAACAAUAAAUCAGGGGGAAGGCUAAGCAAAAAGAAAAGAGAUGCUAUGAAAAAAAGGCAGGGAAAAAGUAGUGAACUGGAGCAGGUUUUAACAGACAAAGGCCAACAAUUAAAGAAACAGAUAGCAAAUAAUGUUAAGAAGGGGAGACCUAUACAAGAUGACUAUGGAGCUUUAAAUUCAGAGGAUGAACUGGAGCCUGACAACCAAUCCAUAGAUGAGUAUGAUGAAGAGGAAGAGGAAACUUGUAAUCUUCUAAUUCAAGCUUUUGGCUCCACCUUUAACACUGACUGGUCAGAAGAGGUUCAAGAACUCACUGAGCAACAAGGUCUAUCCCCCAGAGGUAGGAAGCAAAGCAGACACACCAAACAGCCGACUAUCACCAGUAUUUCUGCUACUUCUAGCAGACCCAUCACAAGGAGUAUCAAUACCCAAGGAUCUUUGGAGAGACUUCAAACACUCAACAAGAUGCACCAGUUAGUUAUGAUUGCUAUACUAAAGCCCUUUGCAGACAAUUCCCAACUCAACACUAUGAGAGUUCAUCUUCAAAUGGACCAUGCAAUUAUUAAUCCUAAUGGAAAAAUCUGGCUUUUUUGGUCUAAUGCGAUCACUGGUAAUAUUCAUGAAAAUAGUGAACAGCAUAUCACAGGAGACUUCAAGCAUUCUGAUCUUACUGAGGGGUUCAUGGUGUCCUUCAUUUAUGCUAAGUGUAAGGAAUAUAUGAGAAGACCUCUGUGGGAUAGUCUACUGCAGUAUGCUAGCCUGGAUAUCCCUUGGUGUACCAUUGGAGAUUUCAAUGUUAUCACUAAUAUAGAGGAGAAGCUUGGGGGAGUGCCUUACAACAUGAAUAAGAGUUUUGAGUUCAUCAGUGUGAUUGAAGCUUUUGGCCUAACUGAUCUAGGCUUUACAGGUAUACCUUUCACUUGGUGCAGCCAAGGGACUGCACAGGUUAGAGUUUGGAAGAGGUUGGACAGGUCCAUGGUCAAUGACAAAUGGUUAGAAGUCAUGCCACAAACUACUAUUGAACAUCUAUCCUCAGUUGGCUCUGACCACAGUCCUCUGUUGAUGGAAAUGGUCAGGAAAAAUGAGAACCACAUCAAGUAUUUUAAGUUCCUUCAUUGUUGGGUGGAUAAUGCUAACUUUAUGGAGACGGUUCGAAAGUGCUGGGAGAGGGAGGUCACAGGUAAUCCUAUGUGGCAACUUCAUCAGAAAAUGAAGAGGCUAACAUACACUCUUAGCAACUGGUCAAAGAAAGAGUAUGAAGAUAUAUAUGCUAAAGUGAAAGAAUUUGAAGGGAUUUUCAAGAAGACUGAGGAAGAACUUCUUACACAUAAUACUGAAGCACUUAGACAGCAGUUACAUCUCAUGAAUGCCAACUAUAUUAGAUAUUUGAAUUUGAAGGAAUCCAUUCUUAAACAAAAGACACAACUCCAAUGGUUUAAGGAAGGGGAUGCCAGCACCAAAUACUUCCAUGCUUUGAGAAGGGGUCGAAGAAGAAGACUUUUUAUACAUAAAAUCUGUAUAGGGAAUGAUGUGUGGAUUCAAGGGGAUGAUCAGAUUGCACAAACAACGUGUGAUUAUUUCCAGGGAAUGUUCACUGGUCGGAAUCGCAGAAUAGAUGAAAAAAUUCUUCAACAUUUGCCUACUCCAGUUACGCCCAAUCAGAACAAGAAACUGCAGGAAAUGCCUACUUUGGAGGAACUAAAGUAG